AUGGAGAAUGAAAAGAGCCACGACCCACAGGUCGGCACCGAGAAAAACCAGGCCGCCAAAAGAUCUUCUUCCUUCAACGGAGAGGCCGAGUGGUAUGAAGAUGGACAGCACGAAAAUGCGGGACGUGGCAUCUUUGACUUUGACGAGAGCCAGACGGUGAGUGGAAAGUUUGAGAAUCCUCUUGCUGGAAUUCCCAAGGCCCAACUUUUCAAAGAUGUCGAAAAGUUUUGCCACGACCACGGCUUGAUGGAUAAACUUGAGAUAAUGAAAAAAGGAGCCUUGGUUGCUCAAUCGCCCUUGUCAUUCCAUGAGAUCGAAGAGCUAUCGAGUGAGGAUAUCGCCAUCCUUGAGCACGAGAAAACGCACAAAUGGAGCCAGCCCUGGAUGCUCUAUUGGCUCACAGUCAUGUGCGCGAUGGGGGCAGCCACGCAAGGCAUGGAUGAAUCCGUUAAUAACGGCGCAGUGGCCUUUUAUCCCGACCAAUUGGGGAUCAGCAAACUGAGCAACGCAACCUGGAUCGAAGGCCUCGUCGUCGGGGCCCCAUACCUUGCUUGUGCCGUCCUUGGCUGCUGGCUCAAUGAACCAUUAAACUAUUACCUUGCUCGCCGCGGAACUAUUUUUAUUUCAUGCUUUUUCGCAGCCUGGGCGUCCAUCUGGGAGGCCUUCACCUAUUCCUGGGGCCAAUUGUUUGCCGCUCGCUUUGUUCUUGGUCUGGGAAUUGGUGCAAAGUCCAGCACCAUUCCAGUUUAUGCUGCCGAGUGCGCUCCAGCCCCGAUCCGGGGUGCUCUUGUUAUGCAAUGGCAAGUCUGGACCGCGUUUGGAAUCAUGCUCGGUAACAUCAUGGGCGUCGCUUUUUACUCAUUAGGUCCAGACGUGGGCUGGCGUGUCAUGCUCGGCUCCAGCUUCGUGCCCCCAGUCUUUGUGAUGGUACAAGUUUUCUUUUGUCCCGAGUCUCCGCGCUGGCUGGUUGAGAACCACAAAGUCGACAAGGCCUACCGAUCUUUCCGCCGUAUUCGCAACACUGAGCUGGAAGCAUGUCGGGACCUGUUUUACACUUAUGUCGGUGUGGAGAUUGAGCGAAAAGUCAAUCGGGGCAAAAACUUCUUCACCAAGCUGGCCGAGCUGUUCACAGUUCCACGGAACCGCCGCGCGACGAUGGCGACCUGGAUGAUCAUGUUUGGUCAGCAAUUUUGUGGUGUCAACGUUAUUGCAUAUUAUUCGACCACGAUCUUUGUCCAAAGCGGUUAUUCACACCCUCAAGCUCUGCUCUUCUCUAUGGGAACAGGCAUUCUCAACUGGGUAUUUGCUUUGCCGGCCUUUUUCACAAUUGACACGUUCGGCAGGCGGUUCUUACUUCUUGUCACCUUUCCAUUCCUAUGUGUCACCCUUCUGUGGACUGGUAUGUCGUUCUUCUUGCCUGAGGGAACGACGAAACGAACCGCAAUGAUCACGACGGGAAUGUAUCUCUACGAAGUAUUCUACUCCCCUGGCAUGGGUCCGGUACCCUUCUCGUAUUCUGCAGAAUCUUUCCCAAUCCAGGUUCGAGAUGUUGGAAUGGCCUCAGCAACCGCUGUUCUUUGGGCUUUUAAUUUUAUUCUUUCCUUUACAUGGCCGGCUCUUGUCAAGGCUUUCCAACCCCAGGGCGCAUUCGGCUGGUAUGCUGCCUGGUGCGCGAUACUAUGGUUGCUAACUCUUCUUAUUUUCCCCGAGACCAAGGAGCUCACCUUGGAGGAACUUGAUGCCGUGUUUAGUGUACCUACACGUAAACAAGUUGCCCGUGGGUUGCGGGAACCAUUCUAUUGGGUGAACAAAUAUCUUCUUCGCCGUGAUGUUGAGCUUCCUCCUCUGGUGGACAUCCAGCAUCUUCGUGGCAAAAAGGAAAGAGCAACAGCUAGUGCCACUGUUUGA